AUGUCGACAUGGGUGGCUCUUAACGUUGAGCCCGACGAGGCCAUAGAGGAGGAGAUCGAUGACACAAAGGAAAUCCAGAUUGAGGAAGCGCUGAAGCUAUAUCAGAACGCGCUGAAACUCCACUCCCAAGGUCCACAGUUUUACGGCGAAGCCGGCGAGGCAUACGAAGCGCUUCUGAAUUCUGAGAUCUUUAAAUACCCCGAGUCGAUUUCCGAUCAUAGAAGAGCUGCGCUGCAAGACUCGGAACCUCAAUCAGGCGGGACGGCAAACGAUGUCACGGUUGGGGAAACACCUCUAGAGUUUAGCAUCAACGAUACUACCACGAGUACCCUGCAACAGACCAUCUACCUCUCGUACAAGAACCACGGACAAUACAUUCUCGAUGCCUUGCGCGCUUCACUAAAAGAAGAUCACCAGUCGUCCAAAAAUUCGUCCGAUCUUUUAUCUAAAGUCUCUGAGAGCUCUAAUACUGCUCUGGCGCAGUUUGCGGAAGCGUUAGAACGUGACGAUACGGACCUGAAUCUAUGGAGACAAAGCGCGAGGCUGUCCAGUGCAUUGCAGAGCUAUCGGCUUACCCGGUUCUGUCUCGAGAGUGUCUUGGCUGAUGAUGAUAACCGAUUGGAGGUGCGGGCAGAUCAGUUGGGGCUGGAAGAAACUUUUGCCCAAGAAGGCCUCAGGAAGACGCUGCAGUCAGUACUGGACCGCCUUUCUGUGUCGCUCGUUCCUGUCCAAAAGCCAAAGAAGGCUCUCGUUAAAAUCUUCAAGCAGCAAAGCGAUCCAUAUCCCUACUUGCCUUCGCUACCGGAUAAUUUACAAGAUGUGGACUCCUCGAGAAAUCCGUUGGCGUUUCGUGCUUCUUCCUAUGGGAUCAAGAUUGACUCGUUGACAUGGACUGCUACUGGUAACGCUAUCCUAGAACUUCUAGGUGACGACUCCCUGCUGGUCCCUGGGAUGUCGAUUACCAUUUCUCUACCGGCCAACAGCCCCGAGCUGAAAACAACCUCAGUUACAGCGCAGCGGCGACCUUCUAAGGCUCAAGUUUAUGAAGAUCAUACCCAAGAUGUGCAAAUGGAUGAUACUCGGAGCGUUGGCGCCCGAUCAAUCACCGGAGCCCAUGGACGAGAGCUCACUGCAGAGCACGGUGACGAUCAGUCUUCCGUCGACCAACGAGCAGAGAAACAGCUGAUGGAAGGUCUUGAAAUCCAAUCAUUUCAACAAGAGUUUGGUACAGAUCGACAAAACGACAUCAAGACCGAGGAGGCGGAGGCAAAGUAUCCAGAAAACCCAGGCCGCAAACGCUCUUCUGGCUCUGCUAUCACCGAAGACCAGGCAGAGCGCCUAAGGGUGAAAAGCAGAAGAACGCGCUUGCGGGACUCACUCGCCGAAGCUUCAACAACUACUGACGAGGUUGUGUUUGACCAAACCAAGUAUUAUCAAGAUCUCCUGGAUCCCUAUGUUCAAACCGACCAAGGGGCUUUUGGCACGGUCGGGCCCAUUCUGUCAAAGUUGGACGUUGAAGGUCUGGGAUCACUGGAGGAGCUACAAAAAUCAGUGGCUUCUGCGAGUGAACGAAAAGAUUCCCCAAUCACCCCAUCCAACGCUGACAGUGCCCACGUGCUUCUACAGGAUCUCAGGGAUGUCCUAACGCAGUGGGAUGAGAGGAAGCACCAAGUAAUGCAACAAAGUGACAGCCUGACAGGACCACAGGACAUUCAAGGUAUGGGCAGAUCUGGGCUUGCAGUGUUCCUUGAGCAUUCGAAAAAGACAACACACAAAUCGAAAAUGAAGCAGACAUUUACUGGAGAGGACGAGUUGUUCAGUUUCAUUCGAGCUGUCAAUGGCGGCCGGCUUCACUUCCAUGAUGUUGCCUUUGAAUGGCUUGCGCGCCUCUUAAGGCCGGAUUAUGAAAGGUUAUCGCUCCGAGAUAAUCAGGUAAACGACUGGUCGGUGGUCGAAUCACCGUAUAUUGCGUAUCAGUGGCCAACCACCCUCAAGGAAACCGUGCUUCAACUUUUGUCCAUUGAGGAUGAAUGGAUAUACGGCAGGGUAGGGGAUCAGAUGAAGACUCUCGAGCACCAGAUCCUUCAGUCUCAGCCUGAAGCCCGAUUCCAAUACUCUGCGGGGCACCUUGCAGACCUGGAGAUGAUACAAGCUAUCUUUGAGCUCCACCUCGACAUAUAUGCACCUAUGAAUGCUCCGAACAACGAAACAGACCACAAAACGAGGAUUUUACAGCAAGAGCGUGUGGCAAGAUGGUCUAUACUAGCACGUACUGCCAUGACUCACUUUAUCGACCAUUGUCCACCGGAAGUGACUAGAGAUCGGAUAACGCUCCGUCACAUCUGGGCGUCUACAUUCCAGUCGAAUAUGGCUGUCGACACUCAGCGAGAACACGUUCUACUCUGUCUCGAAGACCUAAAACGUCUAUUCAAUGCUCUCAAAAACCCUGUUUUAUCGCUCACUAAUAACUCUCUCAUGUCUGAAAUGUCAUGUGAGGCAAUCGACCAAGAGAUCUCCAAAUUGAACUCGAUGGAUUUCUUCACGAAAAUAUUCAAUCCUGACUCAGAGGAUCCUGUCGGGUUGAUUGAGACGAUUGAACCAAUCGUCGAGCCGUCAUCGGUUGAAUUCGAGGAAGGGUCCGAUGAUCAACAAAGCGUACAACGCCGUGAAAUGGGCUCUUUUCUGGAUCGAGGUGACGCCACAUUGAGGCUUUUCCUAUGGCGUCGACUCCAGGACGCAUAUAGAAAGAUUGAUUAUCCUCCGAAGGUGGUAUCUUGCCAUUUUAGGAGCAUUGAAACAAUCAUCAAAGAACUGCGAAGCUCGGCGUAUCUCGAAGAACCCAGUGAACACCGCCAAGCAACACUGCUCAGAUGGCUGAAGUUGCUUGAUGGCAUGUUGAGUAAAACUGUUACGGCAGUCCUGCAAGAGUCCGACAAAGCCUACGAAUGCUUUGAUAUGGGGCAUGUCAAGUCCUCAAUGUCCGCAGUGGCUUCUCUAAUCAGAAUACUCUACAGUUUUGUGCUCUAUGAGGAUUCAGUGCGCGUUGGGCAAUUGCCUGGUCCAGAAUUAAAGGGGGCCCUGGCAAAGUCAUUGGAGAACUUCAAGGAGAAAAUGCGCGAGAUGCUAGUUCGUUGUUGGAUCUUGCUAUACACCCUUCUCAUAGAGGCUAUUGCUCAAAGCCAAGAGUUGUUUGACGAACCUUUGGAGGACCGCAUCUAUUACUUGCGCUCAGUACAUAAUGCUCUCGGUUUACGCAAGAUGUGCAAGCGAUCUCAUAAACAAUUCCUCAAGCUGGUCAAGUCUGAGCUCUUUGGCUUGGAUGUGAAGCAAGACACGGAGGCUGAUAUUUGUCAAAUCCUCUACGAUGUUCAUGGGGUAAGAUUAUGCCUCAAUGACAAUUUACUAAACGACCAUGACUGUGUGUCGGAGAAGCUCGAUCGUGCAACAGCCAUCAUGAUGAUCGACUUUGUGAUGAAGCAGGCGAAAAAGAUCAACAUCAAGGAUCUAUCCAAGUCUGAACUUAAAAACACGAUAGAAAAGAUGCAACAAUCAAUCGGAACGACCAAGGCAGCUCCCCCGGUGUCGUACAAUCGCCGCAUCUUCAAUGCCUAUCUGAAAACACCAAUCAACCCGUCAAGGCUUGUCCGUGCCAUUCAAGGAGUAGCAGACCUAUCAUUUAUUCCCGUACCCAGCCAAACCGCAGUCAUCGCCCAAAACGGAUGGUAUUUCCUCUUGGGCUAUGCCGCCCUCACCAAAUUUCGCUCGCAAAAGCGCCUGAGCCCAGUGCCCACCAGCGACCUCGACGAAGCCAUCACUUGGUUCCGUCAGGACCUGGAACACGGUACCUCAAGGUGGGAGAGCUGGUAUCGGCUUGCGCAGGUCUGGGAUUCAAAGGUUGAGGAAGACAUCACUUGGUCCGCAGACAAGAUCAACAAUAAUCGGACAGAACUGGUGACCUGGCAGCGCAACGCAAUUCAUUGCUACGCAAUGGCAGUAGCCACGGCCGCCAGAACCGUAGAAUCUGAGCCCGGAUCUCGAGCACUUCUAGCAGAUCUGUACACAGACUUCGGGAUCCGUCUUUACGCAUCAUCUAGGGAGCCUCUCUCUAUGGGUGCUUUUAGUGUUGCCGACUUCACGCGCCACUAUAGCAACGAAGAGAGUCAGCAGAUGUACGAGGACCGGCCAUUCAAGGAGAUAAAGGUCUAUAAUGUUUGGAGGCUUGCAGCCUUUCUUUUGAGGCAGGCGCUUGUUGAUAAACCGAAGAGCUGGAUGACACAUUACAUGCUGAGCAAGUGUCUCUGGAAGAUGUUUAGCUGCGAUGACUCAGUUCGGGGCUCCUCGAAGCGCAUCAGCCUUGAUAGUGUCGUGGAGUCUCACCUUGACACUAUCGAUGCGCUGCCGCAGCGCAAAGACUCGCGGACCGAGCCCAUCUUCGAACCUCACUAUAAGCUUGUCUCUAUCGUGCAUAAACUUGUCAAGAGAGAGGUUCUCACGCCCGCCGAAGCAAGCAAAACCUUACUAGCAACGCCAUGGGCUCGGAAAGUCCAGGCAUGUGAGGAUAGAUGUUCCUGGAAGAAUUACAUUCUCAGCGUGCUCAAAAACUUGAAGAAUGCGGAUAAGGCUAAUUGGCAUCACCGCAUGGCUGUUAGGGCUGCACGUAUUAUAUACGACGAAAGAGACGCCACCGCUGCUGCCGGAGCCAAAGGCGAACUGACGCAGCAGAUUUUCACCAAAACCAUGACAAUUCAGGUUUGGAAGCCAGAAUACGAACGUCCCGGUAGGCACUUCGUCUACACGACACGAUACGCAUACUUCUUUGUCGCUCUGCUUGAUCAGCUAGAUGACCGAGCCAACCUCGACCAGCUUUUACGUCGGGUGCGCAAGAAGCAGGGCGAUUUCAUCAACCACACCAAGUUGUGGGAGGACAUGUGUUUGACCUACGCCCGCGUCAUACGCAGAGCAGCUGGGAUUAACGAGGGCCAUGAAGAAAGCGUCUUCAAGCCAAUCGGGUGGGAAGAGUUCUCUGCCAACACCGCUCGUCUAGAGGAGCUCGCGGAGCUUGCUCCUGGAAGUUCAUCCCUUCUUGAGCUCCUUCGAGACGGCCUAGAACUCAAAAAGCUCAAUAACAACCUUAUGAAGGUCGCCUUACUCGAAGACCUCAUCGCCGACGUCUACUCUCGUCUCUACGAAGUCAACUUGCCCAAUGUGCUCGAGCAGGUGAACGAAGAAAAUAAGGAAAAAAUGAAGGUCGACCACAUCCUCAUGACAGCAGACGGUGCAGGGACAGCCGAGAACUCCACUCCGCCGACGUCCGCCCCGGCCUCCGAAGCUCCCGCCCCUCGCGGCCGCACUAAGGGCAUAGCCCGGCGCGACAUCCAAAGGCGCGCAGAGACAAUCGUCAGUCGCAAGGUCGCGCCCCGCGUACCCGCGACCAAAGCUACAACGACAACAGAAACCGAUUCAGGCACAGCUACAGCCAAUGCCACAACCCCUGCCGGCUCUAGGCCAGUUGUGGAAAUCACCGUCCGCCAGCCAACCGCUGCCGCCACCGACUCAGCAGGGCAGCAAAGUGAUAUCCCGAAUAGUCUACAUGAUAGCGCGGAUGACGAAAGCGAGCUGAGCGAGCUUGAUGAGGAGAAGAUCUCAAAGCUCGCUGCUGAUCCGAAGAUGCUCUUUCCUAAUUUCCCUGAUAGAGAUAGAGGGUCCGCGGAGCCUGAUUCGGAGAUCUCCGCUCAGCCUAGCCCUGCUGGGGACGCGGAUGCUGCGAAUGACAAUGAAGACGGCGGGGAUAUGGAUGAGGAUGAUCAAGAUGGCGAUGAAGGCGAAGCUGGACCAGAUGCUGAUAUUGAAGGAGAGACGAUUAAUGAAGAUGGCGAGGGCGAUGAAGCUGGUGAGGGCGAAGGCGAAAACGAACCUGAGAAUGAGGGCGAAGAUGAUGACGUUGACAUGGAAGCAGGCGAGGAAGAAGAAGCCGGUGGCCAGGACGGCGAGGUAGAAGGAGACACCGUUAUGGAAGGCACGGACACAGGCGGGGGCGAGGACCCUGAGCCCGAGCUUGAGGCCGAGCCCGAGCCCGAUCAGCAACAAGAGCAACAACUAGAAAAGCGAGCUGGUGUCGAGCUGGAAGGUCGGACCAUUUACGACUCCGAGUUCGGCUCUGAGCUAUAG